AUGCAGCAGGACCUUCCUGUUGGGGACUCGGCUCUGCGCAGCCCUCCGGCCCCCGAGGCAACAGCUGGUGGUGGCACUUUCCCCAGCACCGAGGCCACCAAGCCACCCUACAGCUACAUCGCCCUCAUCACCAUGGCCAUCCAGAGCGCCCCCGAGAAGCGCCUGACGCUGAGUGGCAUCUACCGGUACAUCACGGCACGCUUCACCUUCUACCGGGACAACAAGCAGGGCUGGCAGAACAGCAUCCGCCACAACCUCUCCCUCAACGAGUGCUUCGUCAAGGUGCCCCGGGACCACAAGAAGCCUGGCAAGGGCAACUACUGGACCCUCGACCCCGACUGCUACAACAUGUUCGAGAACGGCAGCUUCCUGAGGCGCCGCCGCCGCUUCACCAAGAAGAGGAGCCCCCGGGACACGCCGGCCGCCACCGAGGGGGAUGAGGGAAGUGGGAAGCCCCCCAGGCACCGGGCACGGGGACCACCCACUGCCCCGCUGCCUGAGGAAGGGAAAGAGGAGGGGGGCUACACAUCACCGGUGGCCACAGAGCAGAGCCCCGCCACGCCGCCCGAGUGUGAUGGGGUGCCAGGCUGUGCCAAGCUCUGUGCCCGGCGGCAGCCGCCCAAGGCCAGGCAGCCCUGCCUGUACCUGCCAGACACGUCGCAGCCCAAGGGGCCGUUCUUCGCGCCCCCGGACGGCCGCCCCCCCAAGGAGACUGUCUGCGGGGGGCUCCCGGCAGCGCUGCAGCUGCCCCGGCCAGGUCAGUACCCACUGCCCAGCGAGCACCCAGCACCGCACCCGGCCCUGCUGCCCACCUUGCUGCCCGCCCAGCCCAGGGACCCACCACAAGACUCCUCAGCCCCCCCAGGGACUCCCCCAGUGCAGCUGGAGGGCGAGGAGCCACCCAUCCCUGCGCUAGGGCCAGGCCAGCCCUUUGGGCAGGUGCCACCCACAUUCCCUGGCACCCUUUUGGGCACAGGCAAGCCACCUCCACCGUGCUUCCUGGAGGGAGAAGGCUACACGCAGCCCCCGCUGCCUGUUUUUGGCUCUUUCGGCCGCUCAGGGCCCGAGGCACUGGGUGGCAGCUACCAGUGCCGGGUGCAGGCGCUGAGGUUCUGUGUGAAGGAGCGGCCGUGUGGCACCACCCUGGAGCAUCUCCUGGCCACGGCCCCUCCGGCCCCUGCUGCCCCCCGACAGCCACCCUUCGGGGCUGUGGGUCCACGGGUGGGCGAGCAGAAGGAGCCGUGGGGACCGGGGGCCACGAUCCCAUUGCAGGGGGGCAAUGGGUACCCCCUGGGGCUGCCCCCCUGCCUCUACCACACACCUGGAAUGUUCUUCUUCGAGUGA